CUAAGCGUUCAGCUUCAAACAACUGAAAAAAUGGCGACUUCCAAGCUCGUCUCCAACACCCAGACUCUGCUCAAGUACAUGGCUCUUGAGCAGAAGGGCUCCAUUAUGGCUGAGUACAUCUGGAUCGACGGCACUGGCACCCUCCGCUGCAAGUCCAAGACUCUCACCAAGGCCGUCAAGAGCGUUGAUGAGCUCCCCGAGUGGAACUUUGAUGGUUCCUCGACCGGCCAGGCUCCCGGUGACAACUCCGAUGUCUACCUCCGCCCGGUCGCCAUGUACCCCGACCCUUUCCGCCAGCACGGCAACAUCCUCGUCAUCUGCGAGUGCUGGGACAGCGAUGGUACUCCUAACAAGUUCAACCACCGCCACGAGGCUGCUCGUCUAUUGGCCGCUAAUGCUUCUCACAAGCUUUGGUUCGGUCUUGAGCAGGAGUACACCCUUUACGAUGAGCACAACUGGCCCUACGGCUGGCCCAAGGGCGGUUUCCCCGGUCCCCAGGGCCCUUACUACUGCGGUGUUGGCACUGGCCGGGUCAUGUGCCGUGACAUUGUUGAGGCUCACUACAAGGCUUGCUUGUACGCCGGCAUCCAGAUUUCUGGUACCAACGCCGAGGUCAUGCCCGCGCAGUGGGAGUACCAGGUUGGCCCCUGCCUCGGAAUUGAGCUUGGUGACCAGCUCUGGAUGUCCCGCUUCAUCCUUGUCAGAAUUGCCGAGGAGUUUGGUGCUAAGAUUUCCUUCGCUCCCAAGCCCAUCCCUGGCGACUGGAACGGUGCCGGUCUCCACACCAACGUUUCCUCCGAGGAGAUGCGCCAGCCCGGUGGCAUGAAGCACAUUGAGGCCGCUAUGAAGAAGCUUGAGGCCCGUCACGUGGAGCACAUCGCCGUCUAUGGUGAGGGCAACGCUGAUCGUAUGACUGGCAAGCACGAGACCGCCAGCUACGACAGCUUCAGCUGGGGCGUCGCCAACCGUGGCUCGUCUGUCCGUAUCCCCCGUGCUGUCGCUCGUGAGGGCUGCGGCUACUUCGAGGACCGUCGCCCGGCCUCCAACGCCGACCCCUACCAGAUCACUGGCAUUAUCACCGAGACUCUGUACGGUGGUCUUCCUGCCGAAAACUUCGGCAAGAACUAAAAUGCUCUUACCUCUUCCUUUCGUAAUUUGAUUGAGCCCUCAGCAAAACGAUUUUUAUGAAGUUGACCGGGUAGACGCAUGUCCCCAUCUUUUUCCAGCAGACACUUGCGAACACGGUGGAUUUAGCUGGCGCUCUUUCAUUUGCUUCCCAUUUUACGAUUAAUUUCUGCGCUCUGUUGUUAGACCUUUGAGCUAUGGUUUCGGGACAAAUACCUUAACGAUUUGAAUGCUACGAAAAAUUUCCAUUUCAAUUACUCGGA